AUGACAAAUACUCAAUGGAUUUUCCUUAAAUUACUGAGACUCUGGAAGGCUGGUUGUGUUGGAGGUACUCUGCAAGGCAUUGGAAAUAUUGGGGAAAAUAAAUCCAGGGUCCACAACCUCAUCAUCUACCAGAUUCCGGUGUCUGCUGACAUCCCUUGGCUUGUGUCUGCAUCACUCCAGCAGCUACCUGACUCCAGUAGUCACGUGAUCUCCCCUCUUCUCCCUCUAUCCUCCUCUUAUAAGGGAGCUGUGGCAUCCGAGUGCGGCUGCCAAGAGGAAUCCAGGAAAGCCAAAGAGCCCAAGCGUGUCAGACCUUCCUGUAGCCACACACACACACCUCAAACCCCAAGGAAGAGGAUGAGAAUCACCGGGAAGGGCACGGCCAACCAGCUCCAGGGCUGCAUCGCUGUGGGCACGCCGAGCUUUUCCUGGUUACCUGAGCUGCUGUUGCUGUCUCCUGGCUUCGGCUUCUCCAUGGCGCACGGGAACCCGGCAUCGUCGGUCUACGCAGCGCAGAAGAAGGACCUGCUGGUGGAGCUCUGGCCGGGGUCCCCUCGCAGUCAGGCGAGGGGACUCAGAGGACAGGGUGAUGCGGGAGAAGACCCGGGGUGGGAUGGAUAG